UUUUCAUAUUUUGGCACGCUAUUAUAUCAGCUUUUGCAGACAAAAUGUUAUUUGACUACACUCAGGAAGGUCAAAGAAAGUGGGCUAAAUAUUUUCCUAAAUGCGGCGGAUAUUGGCAGUCUCCAAUCAUCUUAGCCGCCAGUAGAUCAAUAGCUCUACCACUUCCGGCCUUAGAAAUGAUCGGCUACCGCAAUUUACUCGCUCCAUUGCUCGUCUUCACUAACAACGGCCACACGGUGUCGUUAAAAGUUAAAAAUGAAUUUACAAAGGAUCGAAUCCCAUAUAUAUUUGGUGCAAUGUUAAAUAAAAAUCAAGAAUACGAACUCGAAAGCUUUCAUUUUCAUUGGGGCGUUAAAAAUGGUAAAGGAUCGGAGCAUUUAUUACAUGGAAUUAGAUAUCCUAUGGAAAUGCAUUUGAUUCAUCGUAAUAUGAAAUAUAAAGAUUUAAGUACUGCACUACAGUAUGAAGAUGGUCUCGCCGUAUUAGGAAUAUUUUUUCAACUGCAAGAGGAUGACAACGAGCAGCUAAAGCCACUCAUAGCUCAUUUACCAGCCAUACAAAGCGCCAACACAGAGACACGGCUUAACACCACCAUGACUCUGGCAUCGCUUCUGCCUCCACAGCUGGACACGUAUUACACCUACAAGGGAUCGCUCACCACUCCGCCCUGUAACGAGGUUGUCACAUGGAUCGUUUUCACAUCGAUGAUUCCUAUCUCGUACAAACAAAUGAGUAAAUUCAGAGUAUUGUCAAAUGGAAAAGGUAUAAUAGCUGAUAAUUACAGAAAUGCACAGGUUCUUGGUAAUAGAAAAGUGUACGUUCGCAGAAUUCAAUCAGUUCUUCGAAACAAAAAUGAUAUGGAUUAUUUGGAUGUAUCGACUUUAAAAUGGUACUGGACGUAAUUUAAUAUUUUGUAUUUGAUCGAUAUUGUAUGCUGUACAAUA